UCACUCACAUCAUAUCAGUCAGUUUCAUUUUUGUUUUUCGUUGGAUAGUCAUUUUGCGAUUCACGUCCUGCGAUAUUGUUUGAUUGUUUCAGCGUUUAUAGUUGAUUGUGUAAUUGUCGGUGCAAAUAAACAAAAUCAAUAAAAUGCCGGUUGAUAUCUUCGGAUUUGCAUACGCAGCAACAGUGGCUGCCGGUGGCAUUCUUGGCUAUGUGAAAGCAGCUUCCGUCCCAUCACUGGCCGCCGGUGUCACAUUCGGUGCCAUUCUGGGCUACGGAGCAUUCCUGACGUCGCAAGAACCGCCACGUCCACUGCUGCAGCUCGGCACAUCACUGGUGCUGGCCGGGAUGAUGGGAGCCAGGUGGUCCCGGUCCGGCAAAUUUAUGCCGCCGGGUAUCGUCUGUGUGCUAUCUUGUGCCAUGUUGGCUCGGGGUCUGCUUUUACAUAAUCGCUACCUUCCGUUGAUCGGAAAGAGCGAUUAGAUUAGAUUAAAACUGGAUUGGGUGGAAUUGCAUUCCGAACUGCAAAACCACUUCUUGGUAUAUUAUGGUUGAGGGUAUUUGAUAGUAAGCGGUCGAGAUAAAACAACUUCAUAAUAUUUUUUACAUUA